UUCCUCUUCCUCAGUAACAGACCAAUGAAAUCUACGCGGUCAAGCCCACAUCUCCAAACUGCAUCAGCCUGAUUUAGACUAGAUGAUGGCUAGAUGAGACAGCAUGCUCUUUAGUUUGUGUGUGUGUGUGUGCUGCUGCUGCUAAUAUAGUUGUCAAACAAGUCUUCGCCCGAAACAAGGGGAUGGGAGUAUAAAGAAAGUGGUUUGAGAAGGACUAAGUGAUGGAGCAGGGGUCAGAGGAGAACAUGGAGAGCUCAUGGACUCUGCUCUCCUGGCUGGCAUCUGGAGUGAUGGUGUUUGGAAGUGCGGUUCCUUACAUCCCCCAGUACCAGGAGAUCCAGAGGACCAAUAACACAGAGGGUUUCUCAACAAGAGUUUGUCUGGUGCUGCUCGUUGCUAAUAUACUUCGCAUUUUCUUCUGGAUAGGCAAACAGUUUGAGCUGCCUUUGCUCCUGCAGAGUGUGGUGAUGAUUCUCACCAUGUUGGCAAUGCUACAUUUGUGCUGUUCCAUCCAGAGCAGCAACCGUGUCAGUACUAAACAGCACCACAUCACAGAUUUAGACCUUCGGUAUUUUUGGAGCUGGAGUUCUUUUGAGGACUAUCUGAUGUUCUGCUUUGCCUUCACGCUGCUGUGUGCUUUCAUAACGUUCCUCUUUCUGGACUGGGUUCUGUUUGUGGAGGCCCUGGGCUCUUUGGCUGUAAUGUUUGAAGCCAUGUUGGGACUGCCUCAGCUGCUGCAGAACUACAACAACCGCUCCACCCGAGGAAUGAGCGUAAAGAUGGUGCUUUUAUGGACUGCUGGUGACAUCUUUAAGACCAUGUAUUUCAUGAUCAAUGAAAGCCCCACCCAGUUUGUGGUCUGUGGUGCAGUACAGAUCUUAAUUGACAUUGCCAUUCUGCUCCAGGUGGGCUACUACAGCCAGGACACCAGAAUCAAACUGGGCUGAGGUCACUACAAUAAUGAUGGUGAUCAACACUCCUAAAUAAGGACAGUCUAUUUGCUACUUACCUGCAAAACUACAUGCUUUUACGUUUAC